AUGUGCGCCACUGCAGUCACAGCUGAAUUUGGCGCCAGGCAGCAGCGGCGCCGGCGCAGAACUGAAGUUGAAUCCUCAAGUGGAAAGGAUAAAUUGAGUGAGUCUGCCACCGGCUGGUCGGCUUGGGCUUCAGCCCUUCACUUCGUUGCAACAUACCAGCCCCAAUUCCACCUGUCCAGCCAGACAUCACUUCCUUCCCAACAUACCAAGAUCAUUUCUCUAUUCCAUAGCCCAAACACAAUGUCGAACAAGCCUACCUUCUUCGUCAACGCCUCUACCUCCUCCCCAGAAAAAGCAAAAGUCUUCUACACUGCCCUGGGCUUCACCCCUGCCGAAUGGUGCGACGUCCCAACCACGAAGGCGUUGACUCUCCCUGCCCCAAAUGAGAACAUUUGCCUCAUGAUACAUGCCGUCGACUGCUUCAAAAAGUUCAUCCCCCCGGACGCUACCAUCGCCGACACCGCCAAGACCAACGAGACGCUUCUGACCAUUGCCGUCAACUCGCGCGACGAGGUGGACGCCCUGCUCGCCAAGGCCGUCGCUGCUGGCGGCAAGAGCGAUCCCUACACGAUGAAGGACCACGGGGCUGAGAUGGGCAUGUAUGUUCGUAGCUUUACUGAUCUGGACGGGCACCUCUGGGAGGCCUUUUUCAUGGAGUGGCAAAAGGCUGAAUAA